GGACCGACGGAUGGAUGCUCCAACGAACGCAGGACAGGUACAAGUACAGGCUGCACCACAACUGCCAGUCGCGCGCAGGCCUCCUCUAGUCUUCUUGCCGGCCGGCUGCUUGUGCUAGCAGUAGCAGAUAGGAGGAGUGGCCGGGGUGCCCGGGUGUCGCCCAUGGGACGGACGCCGUGCUGCGACAGGGCGGCCGUGAAGCGGGGCCCGUGGUCGCCGGAGGAGGACGAGGCGCUGCGGAGCUACGUCCAGCGCCACGGCAGCGGCGGCAACUGGAUCGCCAUGCCCAAGAAAGCCGGGCUCAAGAGGUGCGGCAAGAGCUGCAGGCUGCGCUGGCUCAACUACCUCCGCCCCGACAUCCGCCACGGCGGCUUCACCGCCGAGGAGGACGCCGUCAUCUUGUCCCUCUACACCCAGCUCGGGAGCAAGUGGUCGCUGAUAGCCUCGCAGAUGGAGGGGAGGACGGACAACGACGUCAAGAACCACUGGAACACCAAGCUCAAGAAGCGCCUCCUCGCCGCCGCGGCCACCUCCUCGCCGCCACCCCACGCCCGGCUGCCGGCACCCGCGCCUGCUUCCCGUACCGCACACGUUUCCGCGUCGUCACUGUUCCCAUCGCUCGCCAUACCGACCGUGAAGACCGAGGCGUACACCUACGACGACUUCCUGGCGCCGGCGCUCGGUGACCCGUUCGCCGCCGCCGACGGCUCCACCUCGGCCGCCUCCGCGGCGUCGUCGGCCUCCAACUGGUCCACGGCGGACAACGGCGCCAGCGAAGUGUCCCUCUUCCUGCUGGACUUCUGCGCGGGCCCCGACCUCGGCGCCGUCGCCGCCGCCGACCAGCUCAAGCUACCCGGCGGCUACUACUACCCUCUCGACUCGAGCUUGUCGCCGGUAUAGCUAGCUUCUUCAUGCGUACGUCGUCGUCGUCGAUCGUUCCAACGACAGAGUAGCGGUAGAUUGGUAGUACCAUGUUGCAUGUUCUCGGGAGUCGGGGUCGUCGCUUCGUGAUCAGACGCUGCAUGAAAACCCGCGUUUUGUCUUCACGGAAAAUUUCUGCCGAAAUUAACAUUUCCAUCGGUGAUCGGUGAAAGAAAAAAACUACUAUCUGUGAUUGAAAAUGUGCUACUCGUAGUUGCUUAAUUCUGUUCUCACAUACAUGCGAUGCAGUGCUCUAGUCUUCUUGAUGAAAAAAAAAGCAUGAUGUUCUUGCGUGCCUA